CCGACCACCGGCCGCUCUUCGCCCUCCUCUUCCGCUCAUUUCUCCAGCUCGGCGACGACGCGGCGGCCGCCGCAGUGCAACAACUUCUUCCGUUUGUUCAUUACUUUCCAGUGACUAUCAGUAGCGGGCUUUCUGCUUCUUCUAUUUGUCAAUUGGAGCUUAGGAGGGGGAGAUGACGAUGGCAAUGUCAAUUGCGCAGUUCACUUUCUUCUCCAGAGCAACGUCCUCCUCCUUCCUCAAUCGAACCAAUGCCCGCUUCAAUCGAUUCACCUUCUCCACGCCUUUCUCCACUGCUGAUGCUACUUGCACCCGCAAGAAGAAUGGGAGGCUUCCUGUCCUGUCAGCGCUGGAACUUGGUGGAGUGAAGAUUGCUAGAGAUGAUGUGGUGAGAGAUGAUCCAACAAACAAUGUGCCCGAUUCGAUUUUCUCGAAGCUCGGGAUGCAACUCCAUAAGAGGAACCAGCAUCCGAUCGGCAUACUGAAGAACGCGAUAUACGAAUACUUCGACGCCAAUUACUCCAACAAGUUUGAUAAGUUUGAUGAUCUCUGCCCUCUGGUUUCUGUUAAACAGAAUUUUGAUGAUGUCCUCGUUCCUGCUGAUCAUAUAUCGAGGAGCUACAAUGAUACUUACUAUGUUGAUUCUCAAACUGUUUUGAGGUGCCAUACCAGUGCUCAUCAGGCAGAGUUGUUGAGGGAUGGACAUACGCAUUUCCUUGUAACCGGAGAUGUUUACCGUAGAGAUUCAAUUGAUUCAACUCAUUAUCCUGUGUUUCACCAGAUGGAAGGGUUUCGUGUGUUCUCACCCAAAGAGUGGGAGGCCUCGGGAUUGGACGGCACAUCUUAUGCUGCUGACGAUUUGAAGAAAUGCCUUGAGGGGCUAGCUAGACACUUAUUUGGUGCAGUGGAAAUGCGUUGGAUUGAUGCAUAUUUCCCAUUCACGAAUCCAUCUUUUGAACUUGAGAUAUAUUUUCAGGAGAAGUGGAUGGAAGUAUUAGGCUGUGGGGUUACUGAACAAGAGAUUUUAAGGAACAAUGGUCAACUCGAUAGUGUUGCUUGGGCUUUUGGACUUGGAUUGGAACGACUUGCUAUGGUUUUGUUUGACAUACCUGAUAUUCGGCUUUUCUGGUCAAACGAUGAGCGGUUUACAUCUCAGUUCACCAAGGGCAAAAUGGGGAUAAAAUUCAAGCCAUUUUCAAAGUUUCCUCCAUGUUUCAAAGAUAUGAGUUUUUGGAUCAAUGAAUCAUUCACAGAAAACAAUUUGUGCGAAGUUGUCAGAGGAGUGGCUGGGGAUCUUGCGGAAGAGGUGCAAUUGAUAGACAAUUUUACAAACAAGAAGGGAAUGACAAGUCAUUGCUAUAGGAUUGCUUACCGGUCCAUGGAACGCUCACUUACAGAUGAAGAAAUCAAUGAGUUGCAGAGGAAAGUGAGAGAACAAGUUGAAACAAAGCUGAAUGUUGAACUCCGAUGAGAGAUCGCUAUUUGCAUCAAGAUUAUGCUUCACAGGGAGUAAGAGCUGCAAGCGAAACCAUUGUUUACGAAAUCUAUGCAUCGCCAGCACAAUUUGAGACACGAACCGAUAGAGAUGUUAACUCCUUGACAGCAACACAAAAGGAAAAAGAUAUAUUGACUGCCAACUACAAGAUCCACUAUGUAGCUUCAUAAAGUGUUGCUUUUGAUUUUGAAUCCGUUGAAGGAGGGCUGUGGAGGUUUUGCUUUUGAUUUCUGUAUCGUAGCAGAGCAUCAUCAGCCGCUUUUGUUUCCUCAGUGCUCUAUAGUAUCUUACCAUAGCUUGCUCCUUUUGGUAAUAAGAUAGUAUGCACCAUCAAGAACUAGAAAGAAUGCAACACUGAAGAUAAUAAAUGAAAUCUCUUGUAGAUGUGCAAAGUGCAAACAAAUA